AUGGAGACCAUGGAGAAAAUCAUACCAACUAGCCAUUCUUUGUAAGUUUUUUUGACGUAUUUGAUAUUGUUUUACGUUUAGGGAGGUAUCAGGUCAUGAAUAAUAUUAAAAAAUGCUUGAAAUAGACGAAGUUUGAUGGGAGAUUGAGAGAAAGAGGUUUAGUAGCUCUUCUUACUGGUUUGUAUAGCGGCGGACCUUGCUUUCGAUUUGAUUUUGACAUUGUUUCGCCCGAAAUAUUAUUCUUUACCAACACUUUCCAGAAACCCAACUGUUACCGGAACUUCGGCUUUGGCCGUUACCUACGAUGGUGGAGUAGCUAUUGCGACCGAUCGUGUCGCUUCAUACGGAAAAACCGCUCGUUACAAGCAUAUUCCUCGUCAAUAUCGAGUCAAUGAGAAUGUUGUAGUUGCCUUUGGCGGAGAUCACGCAGACUUCCAAUGGCUGCAAAAUGUGAUUGAAAGAGUUGAAGAAGAUCAUAAAUCGUAUGAUUCGAACAUCAAGCUGACCGCCAGGGGUCUGUACAACUAUUUGUGCUCACUUUUGUAUUACCGUCGAUCCAAGAUGGACCCCUUGUGGAAUACAUUGAUUGUGGCUGGUAAGUGGUGUUUUUAUUUGUUGGUUUGCUUUUAGAUAGCUGAAGGAAGAAAUAGUAAGGGAUAUGAGGGUUUUUUCGGCAGGAGAAAGCAGCUAAAAAUGUUUGUUUGAAGCCAAUUUAUAUUGUGCUAGGCCUUGUUGCCUAAAAUAAUGUUUUCCUUUUGUUUUAAUGUUGGUAUUUAUGGAAGUUAUAGUUUAGAAAGUCGAAGGAGACCAUAGUGAAGCUCCUGUUAUUUUGAAAAUUGUCAAUAAGCGUUGAAAAUAGUACUUUCAGAUCAAUUUAUAUUCCACUAGUACUUCCGAAAUAAAAGUGUGGAAAAAUAAGUCUUGUACAUUUAUAAGAAGGCUCAUAUAGGCUUGAAUGAUCAUUUAAAGUUUCUAAAUUUCUUGGGACAACAUAGCUGAGCUCCUCCCAUAUUAUCUUAUGUUGCACUUGACCUUGAUAUAAAAAUUUUAAUUUUUUUGUUUUAAUCCUCAAUUUUCUGAUCCCAUCUCUCUAGGAAUGAACCCAGAGCCCACCUACGACGAGCUCGCCCCAUUCAUCGGCGUCAUCACUCAGCGCGGAGUUGCCUACGAAGCCAAGAGUGUGGCCACAGGAAUGGGUCAGAUGCUUCUCAACGAAUCCCUGGAGCGUGCCACCCGCGACAAAGGCGGCAAAUUGAACAAAGAAGAGGCGCUGGAUCUUAUCCGCACCACCGUCCAACUCGGCUAUUACCAUGAUUGCUGCGCCGACAAUGAGAUCGACUUGACGGUGGUGGACAAGGAAGGGACCCAUUUAUUGAAGCCCGAAACCUUCGUCGGCGACUGGUCUCUGGCCGAAUACAACUGUCAAUAUGAGUAA